AUGGCUACCGUUUCGCCCACGCCCUCAUAUGGGGGUCGCAUGCGUGCGCACUCCUCGAUACGACCCAGGAGGGACUCUCCGCUUUCGGUGUUGGGUCAAUCACAGGGCUUCUCAGCGGAUGCGCCCAUGAUGCAGAACAUCAACAUUGGCGACAGCUCCGACGACGAGAUACCGCAACCUAUGAAGCUUAGCGCUUUGACAACUGCACUACUUGCGCAAGGGAGUGACGUCGACUCGCCUGAGAAAAGGAAACCAAAGCUGAAGAUCUCGCGCAAUGCAUCUCCUGGCUCCAACACACCAGUGCAAGAUACCGUCACACCUGCACCAAGUUUGCGAAUAAAGAGAGUACCAUUACGGGGUGCGCCCAUGAGGAGAUUUCGGAGGACACCUCAGAGCGAAGAAGAGCACCAUCCCUCUCAAGACCAAGAAAACAUGCCCAUGUCAGCAGUCAAGGCGCAGCCUGAGAACGUGCCCGAUUCUGUCCUGAAGGUUACCGGCUCUGUCAUGAAGGUGGCAGAGGAUCGCCACAUGCAACCACCUCCAGAGCACCAGUCACCCAUACAACGAUCAUCGCAGCAGCAAGAGAAACAAAGGCCACUCCAGGCGCUCGACGCGAACACACCGCGAAGACCAGCACCUCCACCUCCCCCGAAGAUGUCAGUGCUGGAGACGGCGACCACUGCGGCCGGAGCGGCGACAACAAAGACAAGGGAGAGAAAGAAGAGGAGCACAUUAUCCGUCAACGGGAAGCAUUACUCCCAAAUGGACAGGAUCGGACGAGGAGGCAGUUCGGCUGUUUACCGUGUCAUGGCAGAGAAUUUCAAGCUACUGGCACUGAAGAGAGUCAAGCUUGAAGAUGCAGACGAGGCCACCGUGCGAGGCUUCAAAGGCGAGAUCGACCUGCUCCAGAAGCUCAAGAACGUUGAUCGCGUUGUCAGACUAUACGAUUGGGAGGUGGACGAGCAACGGCAGGUGCUCAGUGUGCUCAUGGAACUCGGAGAAUCGGAUCUCGCACGCAUAAUACGGAUGAAACUCGACCCAGCCGAUGGCGAUGGCAAACUAGACCUGAGCUUUACACGUUACUAUUGGAAGGAAAUGCUCGAAUGCGUCGGAGCAGUUCACGAUCACGACAUUGUCCACUCAGAUCUCAAACCAGCAAACUUCCUCCUUACCUCGGGCCGCUUAAAGCUCAUCGAUUUCGGCAUUGCAAACGCCAUCGAAGUUGACCACACCGUAAACGUGCACCGGGAUUCACACAUUGGCACUCCAAACUACAUGUCACCAGAAUCGCUCGAAGACUCCGCUGGCGGCGCCCGAGGCCUCUUGUCUAACGGCAACGGCUCCAAAGACAUGGCUUUAGGGAAACCUUCUGACGUUUGGAGUCUUGGCUGUAUCCUCUAUCAAAUGGUCUACGGCCGUCCUCCUUUCGCACACAUUACAAACCAGAUGGCGCGUGUCCUCGCCAUCGUCAAUCGCGACUACAAGAUCGAAAUCCCCGAUCUCGGUGUCGGUGAUGUUCGUGUCCCUCCUGGUCUCAAAGCGACACUUCGUCGCUGCUUGCAACGUGACGCCUCGCGUCGACCAAACGUCGCUCAACUCUUGGACGAAAGAGAUCCUUUUCUGUACCCCGAUGGCGGCGAUGACCUCAGGAUACCGCAGGAGUUGCUCGGUCAGAUCAUUCAAAGAGUCGCGGAUCGGUUUAGGGAUCCGAACAAAAGCCCUCCUACUGAUGAUGAGAUUCGUCAGUAUCCCGCAAGUUUUUACGAGAAGAUCAGACAGUUACUGGAGAGUGACUGA